AUGGUUUUAGCUGAUUUAGGACGAAAGAUCAAUUCAGCUUUCACAGAGUUGACCAAAGCUCCCGUCAUUGAUGAAAAAGUUCUCGACUCUUUAGUCAAGGAGAUUUGCGCUGCUUUGCUCGCCUCUGAUGUGAAUGUGAUGCUUGUACAACGACUUCGUGCCAACAUUAAAAAGAAUGUUAAUUUGGAGGAAUUGGCAAACGGUGCCAACAAGAAACGUAUGAUCGAAAAGGCUGUUAUGGAUGAAUUAUACAAUCUCGUGGAUCCUGAAGCCGAACCCUACAAGCCAGUGAAGCGUCGUGCCAAUAUCUUUAUGAUGGUUGGUCUUCAAGGUGCUGGUAAGACUACAACCUGUACCAAAAUUGCCGCAUUCUAUCAACGCAAAGGUUGGAAGGUGGCACUGGUCUGUGCUGAUACUUUCCGUGCUGGUGCCUUUGAUCAAUUGAAACAAAACGCAACAAAAGCAAAGAUUCCUUACUAUGGUAGCUACACAGAAACUGACCCUGUUGCCAUUGCUUUGGAAGGUGUUGAGAAAUUCAAGGCCGAAAAGUUUGAAAUCAUCAUUGUCGAUACAUCUGGUCGUCACAAGCAAGAAGUUGAAUUGUUUGAAGAAAUGAAGCAAAUCUCCAGUGCAGUUAAACCUGAUACUACCAUUUUUGUCAUGGAUGGCACCAUUGGUCAAGCUGCAGAAGCUCAAGCCAAGGCUUUCAAGGAAGCUGCUGAUUUCGGUUCCAUCAUCAUGACCAAGAUGGACGGUCAUGCCAAGGGUGGUGGUGCUAUCUCUGCUGUUGCAGCCACACAUAGUCCAAUUAUCUUUAUUGGUACUGGUGAGCAUCUUCAAGACAUGGAACGCUUUGAACCUAGAUCAUUUAUUCGCAAGGUGCUCGGUAUGCAUGACAUGCGCGACAUGAUUGAGCAGGUGCAGGAUACGAUGCAAAUGGCUGACAGCAAAAAGUUGAUGAAGAACAUUGAAAAGGGUCAAUAUUCACUUCGUGAUAUGUACGAACAAUUCCAGCAAGUUGCAAAGAUGGGCCCUCUUUCAAAGUUGAUGGGAAAUAUACCUGGUAUGCCUGCAGAGAUGAUGGCAGGCACUGAGCAAGAAGGUACAAGACGUAUGAAGCGUAUGAUGUGUAUCAUGGAUAGUAUGACAGAUGCUGAACUCGAUGGUGACAAUAAGCCUUUUGAAGACAUCAACCGAGUCAUGCGAGUAGCUCGUGGUUCUGGAACCACGGUGCAUGAAGUGCAAGAAAUUUUAAGUCAAUACACUAAAUUCGCUGAAAUGGUCAAGACGAUGGGUGGCAAGAACGGUCUUAUGCAGAAUAUGCCCACAGAUCCUAGGAAGAUGAACCCUAAUCAAAUGGCGCAAAUGGGCAAAAUGCAACAACAAAUGGCCAACAUGGUUCCACCUCAGUUAUUACAGCAAAUGGGAGGCAUGGAAGGCUUGCAAAGAAUGGCAAGACAGAUGGGCGGUAUGUUUGGUCGUGGUGGAGGUGCUGGCGGCGGCAUGCCUGACAUGGCUCAAAUGAUGAAGGCUAUGAAUAUGGGCUAA